CCCAUCUUUGCCUCACCAGCCAAGCAAAUCACCACCUCAAAAUUCACGAAAACACGCACCCACACACACGCGCAGAGGCAGGCACUCUUCUCCGUCACCUGUAAACCCUCCGCAGGAUACGUCCGAUUAUACUUAUCGCCACCGCCGAGUUGCCUUCUCCGCCGUGACAUUCCGGCGACUCACAUGACCGGAACCCCGAGAGCGGAACCUAAGGAAUCAAAUCGAAGCCCGACCAGGACCGGCAUGAGACUCAUAGUACCUCUACAGGGAAUAGUUCAAGGCAGGGGUGGUCUAAUCCUCGGUUCGCUAAUCCCCUGCACGCUAUUCUAUUUCCUUCAAUUUUACCUCAAACGACACCGUUCCCCGCCUCAGAACCCUCCGUCGCGGUCCACGUCAGCGGCGAACCUCUCCGAGCUUCAGCGCUCGUCUUCGCGUGCUAAUUUACUGGCACGUGGCUCCACCGGGCGCGCCCACGUGUCCGCUCGGGUGAGCUCUAUCGCCAAGCCGAAUGAUUCGCCAUACUACAUUGGGUUGGACCGGGUGCGGGAGGACCCGUAUGAUGAAAUGGGGAAUCCGGAUGGAGUAAUCCAGCUUGGAUUGUCAGAAAAUAGGUUGUCGUUGGAUUUAAUCGAGGAAUGGCUUUCCAAAAAUUGUACUGAUUCAAUACUUGGAGUAGGGGGUGAUGCUCUGGGGAUAAAUGGGAUUGCCACCUACCAGCCGAUGGACGGAUUAAUGGAGUUCAAAGUGGCAAUGGCUGAUUUCAUGACCGAAGUAAUGGAAAGAAAGGUAUCUUUUGACCCUUCACGAGUGGUAGUCACUUCUGGAGCAACUCCUGCGCUCGAGAUACUUAGUUUUUGUCUGGCUGACCAUGGAAAUGCCUUCCUUGUCCCUGCACCCUACUAUCCUGGAUUUGAUAGGGACAUAAGAUGGCGGGCAGGAGUUGAGCUUAUACCUGUUCAUUGUCGCAGCUGUGAUAACUUCACGUUAAGCAUCACAGCUCUUGAACAGGCAUUUAAUCAGGCAAGGAAACGAGGUCAAAAAGUCCGUGGAAUUCUCAUUUCCAAUCCAGCUAACCCUGUUGGGAACAUGCUGAAUAAGGAUUUGCUCUAUGAUCUCCUAGAUUUUGCCAGAGAGAGGAACAUCCACAUCAUAUCAGAUGAAAUCUUUGCAGGUUCAACAUAUGGGAAUGAAGAGUUUGUAAGCAUGGCCGAGAUAGCUGACUCGGAAGAUGCUGACAAGGACAGGGUUCACAUCAUAUAUGGAUUAUCAAAAGAUUUCUCCAUCCCAGGCUUUAGAGUUGGGGUUAUAUAUUCCUUUAAUAAAAGUGUUUUAGCUGCAUCCAGGAAAUUAACUAGAUUUUCUUCAGUUUCAACUGCUACCCAGCACCUUCUAGUAUCAAUGCUUUCAGAUAAAAGGUUCAUCCAGGAAUACCUCAAGACGAAUAAGCAGAGAAUACGCUCAAUGUAUGAUUUAUUUGUUGCAGGUUUGAGAGAGCUAGGUGUGGAAUGCACAAAAAGCAGUGGGGGCUUAUAUUGCUGGGUUGAUCUGAGCAGACUAAUUAGUCCUUACAAUGAGAAAGGAGAGCUUGAUCUAUGGGAUAAGCUUUUAAAUAGAGCCAAGCUUAAUGUAACUCCUGGCUCAGCAUGUCAUUGUAUAGAACCAGGAUGGUUCAGAUUCUGUUUUACAACAUUAAAUGAAAAGGAGAUUCCUCUUGUCAUGGAACGAAUGCGUAAAGUUGUUGAAAGUUGUAAACCUUCUGUAUAAAACAUCAGUUAUUGGUCCUCAUUGGCUAGAUAUUUUGCCAUGGUUUAAAUGCAGUGGCCAUCUGUUUUCAGAGUUUAGUUGGUAUAUCAGUGUUGUAACUGCAGUUUCAGUCUUAGUAUCACUAAAGAUUGAACUUGUCUUGCAUCAGAAAACUUAUAAUACUAGAACAUGAACGUUUAAGAA